CCCCCCCCUUCUCCCCAUGGUCCCCUCUGAUUGUCAGAAAGUCGAUCCCUUCGACGGUUCCCUUACUCGUCAGCGUCGUCUCCUUAAAUCUCGCUACCCAGUAAGUGCUUCCUUGUCUCGCCCGUCCGCCCUUUUCUUCCCUCAUGGCGACGAGUCUCCCAGACGGCAUCCUUGCCAUCCUCGCUGCUGCACUUGCAUGCCAUCUCAUAUUCAACCGCUAUGAGCCCGUGGACCCUCUCUCACACUUGGCUCUCCUCGGCAUGCCGCCGCUUGCCCUCUCGCCCCUUCUCCGUACUGCCUUCCCUUCUACCUUUCACACCAUCCUCGUCGCAUUCACCCUCUACUACUCGUUUCUCAUCCUCUCUGUCGUCGCCUACCGUCUCUCCCCUCUCCAUCCCCUCUCCGGAUACCCUGGUCCCAUUCCCUGUCGCAUCUCCAAGUUCUGGAUGGCCUGGAUCUCCUCAGACGGAAAGCAACACGAAUACUACACUAGGCUGCACCAAAAGUACGGGGAUGUUGUCCGAAUCGGGCCAAAUGAGUUGUCCAUCCGAGAUGUCGACGCAAUCGAUCCGUUGAUGGGUGUCAAUGGCCUUCCAAAAGGUCCACACUGGGAUGGUCGCAUGGCAGAACAGACCUCUGUUAGAGCACUCAUAUCCAUUAGAGACACGCACGAACACAUGCGUCGUCGAAAACCCUGGAACAGGGCUUUCCGCGUCGCAACAAUGAAGGGUUACGCAGAAAUCCUCGCUAAUCGAGUCCACGAUUUCGUCUCGCAGCUAGAGAGACAGUCCGGUCCAGGACAUAUCAACCUCUCUGAGUGGAUCAGUCGUUUUACAUUCGAUUUCAUGAGUGACAUGGCGUUCGGAGGAGGCUCGGAAAUGCUGCGGGACGGCGAUAAGGACAACACCUGGCACCUCCUCGAAAGCGGAUUACCGCUUGCGCUCGUGCUCAGCCACGUACCUUGGUUGGGAAAAUACUAUGCAUCCCUUCCUAGCAUUGGAGAAGAUCUCAAGAAAUUCCGGUCGUAUUGCCAGGCGCGCGCGCUCCGCCGUCACGCACAGGGAUCACAAACCAAGGACUUGUUUCAUUACCUGAUUGAUGAAGAAGGCAUCGAACGUGAUCCACCCACAUUUGCCGAGGUAGCUUCCGACGGCGUGCUUGCCAUUGUCGCGGGAUCGGAUACGACGGCGACCACCCUAAGCUGCUUGUUUCACUCGCUCAUGGCGAACAGGACAGCGUACCGACGGUUACGGGACGAGGUGGACAGAUUUUAUCCUCCAGGGGAAGACGCCAGUGCGGCGACACACCAUGGAAAGAUGAAAUAUUUGACAGCUGUCAUAAACGAAGCACUUAGACUGUAUCCGCCCGUACUCAGUGGGAGCCAGAGAGCAGUCCCAAAAGGGAAUGGAGGGAAACAGGUUGGACCGUACUUCUUACCCGAGGGGACGAGUGCCUUUGUGCACUUCUAUUCCAUUCAUCGCGAUCCCCGGUACUUCUCCCCUUCCCCUGAUGCGUUUUGGCCCGAGCGGUGGCUCUCCGAGGAGGACCGCCAAGCACUCGGAUAUUCCUACCCUAAAUCAUCCCCAUCCUCUGACAAAUCGACCAAAAUACCCUCCUUCAUUCACAACCCGAGCGCGUUCAUCCCGUUCUCCUAUGGUCCCAUGAACUGCGUCGGCAAAAAGCUUGCACUUCAGGAGAUACGGACGCUCGUGUGUUGUGUGAUGCAGGGAUUCGACUUCAGGUUUGCGGAUGGCUAUGAUGUAACGAGGUGGGACAGGGAGUUGAAUGAUUUUUUCGUUUCCAUGAGAGGAGAGCUGCCGGUGGUGAUCACUCCGAGGGGGCAAGGAGAUGGUGUCGGGUCGGGUGACAAUGAAAAACGUGGAUAUGCGUUCCCCUCGGCUAUAGGCGGAGCGAUCGUUGAGAGGUAGGAGAACCGCGUAGCGUGGGUCAAAGUAAUGUUUCAUGAUCGAUCCGUCACCGGACUGUACGAUGGAGAUGCUUUGGACGACCGCCGACGACCUUUGAGACGAAACUAAACGUGAUUUCAUUUCAUGGUAACACAAUGUUCAAGGCAUGGUUUUUGGAAUGUUCGAUCUAGCUAUACACAUACAUAUAUCGUUUUCUUUUCCCUUGCUCAUCUUAUCCUUAUGUAGCUGUGGUUGCUUUAUUGAUUUUUAAAAGGCAUUCACGUGGAUUGUGAUCGUUUGUAUAGUGACACUUGGCGCUCUGAUCGCGGCGGUGAAUAUGAG